CAGGCCAGGCGGAUAGAGAGGUUUUCCACUCAGAGAACCUGGGCAGACCAAUCGCCGAUUUUUUGGCCAAUUUGGCCUUCCAUAUACGGUUACAGCUCUGCCUUGAUAAGAAGCUUGAGCUGAAACUUCCGUAAGUACUCGCGUCACGCUUCGGAACGUGUGUCAUACGUAACACGUAACUUUACUAACAGCCAGUCGUCUUCUCGUUUACUGUAACAGUUAGCUCGCAGUUUAAAAAAAAUGGCCACAGACGAGCUUUCGUCCAAGCUUAGCCGUCGGCUCCAGAUCGAGGAAGGAGCCGAGGAUCCGGUUGCUGUGGACGUUCUCGAACACCAGAAUGGGUCGGAGGACAAACCGAGUACUGCCAACGCAGACUCGGAGCUGGGCGCUAAGCUGAUGCGGCGAGGAGAGUUGAACGAGGGGCAGGGUGAGCACCGGCAGCCCAGCAUGAACGUCUUCAACCCCUACACCGAGUUUAAGGAGUUCUCCCGAAAACAGAUCAAAGACAUGGAAAGGAUGUUCAAAACGUAUGAUGCUGGGAAAGACAACUACAUUGACCUAAUGGAGUUGAAACUGAUGAUGGAGAAGCUUGGUGCUCCACAGACGCACGUCGGCUUGAAGAACAUGAUCAAGGAGGUUGACGAGGACCUGGACAACAAGCUGAACUUCAGAGAGUGCCUGCUGAUCUUCAGGAAGGCAGCAGCAGGAGAGCUGGCAGAGGACAGCGGCCUUAGUGUUCUUGCUCGCCUCUCUGAAAUCGAUGUCUCCACAGAGGGGGUCAAAGGAGCCAAGACCUUCUUUGAAGCCAAAGUCCAGGCCAUCAACGAGUCCACUCGGUUUGAGGCAGAGAUCCGCCAGGAGCAGGAGGCCAAAAAGAAGCAGGCCGAGGAGCAGAAACAGAGACGAGCUGCUUUCAAAGAACUGCAGUCAGCCUUCAAGUGAUCUCCUUUUUCUACUCUCAGGACCUUUCACUCUCUGUGCUGUACUAAUGCUGUCGGUGUGUCAAUGAAUGCAUUUCAAUGUUCUAUGUGUCAGACAGUGGCAGUCACAAUUUGAACAACAGGCUCAAAGUGCUGUCCAUGCUGAUCUACGAUACAGUUGACUGGAUGUAUAAUGAAAAAUCAGCACUGUUUUUUUUCAUUGCCAAUAACAGAUAUAGAACCAAUGAUUAAUCUCUUAGAUUAGAUUUAGGAUUUUUGCCCCGUAAUACUCUCAAAUGACAAAAAUGUAACGUCAGUCCAAGUUUAGUGCAACUAUAUCAGGACUGUCAGUAAUGCAGCGUGUGCUGAUGAUUAAUACAGUAGCUGUGUUCCCAACAUCAAAGAGCCCAUUUUUAACCAAAUAGCACUGUGCUGGUGCAGAGGGCUCCAGCAAAACAUGGUUGAAAUGACUGUCACUGUGAACACCUUCCAGAGUACUAAAAUCCUGCCUCAAAGUAUAUUUAAACUGCUGUGCAGUGUUUUGCCAUCUAAUAAACCUUCAAACCCAUGGAUCCGUUACCCCA